AGGUCCAAAGCAUUUUCACAAGACGUCUUUCACGUUACGUUUUCACCAGACAAUGAGAAGCAUUUGACAAGCAGUGGUGUCGGUCACAUCAGGUUUUGGAAAAUGGCUCACACCUUCACCGGUCUCAAGCUGCAAGGUGAGCUGGGUAAAUUUGGUCGGACAGAGAUCUCCGACAUUGAAGGAUUUGUUGAACUGCCUGAUGGGAAGGUGUUGUCCGGCACUGAAUGGGGUAACAUGUUAUUAUGGGAUGGUGCCCUGAUCAAAGUGCAAGUGUGUCGUAAAAACAAGAAGCCCUGUCACAAUGGGAGUAUUGAACAAUUUGUGAUGGAUGAAGGCGAACUGAUCACUCUCGGUGCUGAUGGAUAUAUCAGGGUAUGGGAUUUUGAAACCAUCGACACGGCGGAUGCACCAGAAGAAUCAGGAUCCUUUGAAAUGGAACCCAUGAACGAACUGAAAGUCGGUAACGAUGUCAGUUUGCGAUCGAUGGUGAAAUCAGUAGAUCCUGAAGCGCAGAGUCUGUGGUAUGCACAGGACUCAAAUGGUGGAAUAUGGAAACUUGACCUGACUUUCUCACAUACUACUAAACCUCCAGAGAAGCUUUUCUCUUUUCAUGCUGGUGAAGUGACUGGAUUGUCAGUGUCUGUCAAUUCACAUCUGGCUGCUACUACUGCAUCCGAUCGUACUGUCAGAGUUUAUGAUUACAUUUCUAAGACUCAAUUAUGUCAGAUGAAAUUCAGUGCUGGUGGUAGUGUUCUUGCUUGGCUACCUCAAAUUGUAAGUGAUGAUACCCAUUAUUAUGUGGAAGUUAAACUGAAAAAAGUUUUGAGUUAUUACGAGAAUACUCAGACAGUACUGAAUUGCAUUAACUUCCAGUAUUCAUAG